UUUCAUUUCAGUUCAAAGACUUGUGUGAGAAAGUGUCAUCAUGAUCCGCGAAUGUGCGCAAAUUUAUCUAGUUUUCUUUGCUUUUUCGAGUUGUCUGAUAAACGCGAAACUAGUGCAUAACAAAGCACAACAAUUUGAACCCAAUUGGGAAAGUUUAGAUAGCCGAACUUUGCCUUCCUGGUACGAUGAGGCUAAAUUUGGCAUUUUUAUUCAUUGGGGAGUUUUCAGUGUUCCCAGCAUCGGCUCUGAAUGGUUUUGGAAAAGCUGGAAAGACGGAAAUCCAGUACUUAAAGAAUUUAUGAGGCAGAAUUAUCCGCCUAAUUUCACAUAUCAAGAUUUUGCACAAGAUUUUACUGCCGAAUUUUUUAACGCUAAAAAGUGGAGUGAAAUUUUCGAAGCUUCAGGGGCUAAAUAUGUAGUUUUAACUAGCAAACACCACGAAGGAUACACUAUGUGGCCCUCAAAAUAUUCCUUCAGCUGGAAUUCUGUUGAUGUCGGACCACAUCGAGAUAUCAUAGGUGAAUUAUCAAGGGCGAUAAGAACCAAAACGAAUUUGAGAUUUGGACUCUACCACUCUCUUUACGAAUGGUUUAAUCCACUUUAUUUGGAAGACAAAAACAAUAAUUAUACGACCGACAAAUUUGUUACGAAUAAGGUCAUUCCGGAAUUAAAUGAACUCGUUGAACUUUAUAAGCCAGAAAUAAUUUGGUCGGACGGAGAAUGGGAAGCUCCAGACACUUACUGGAAAUCGAAAGAAUUUUUAAGUUGGCUUUUUAACAGCAGUCCUGUUAAGGAAACUGUUGUUGUAAAUGAUCGAUGGGGUUCUAAGGCUUUGUGUCGUCAUGGCGAUUUUUAUACGUGUCAAGAUCGUUAUAAUCCUGGAAAACUUCAGGCUCACAAAUGGGAAAAUGCUAUGACAAUUGACAAAGUGUCUUGGGGAUUUCGAAGAAAUGCUAACUUGAAUGAUUACUUCUCCCUGAAAGAUUUGGUUAAAGAAUUAGUAAUUACUGUAAGUUGCAAUGGAAACUUAUUGAUGAAUGUCGGACCAACGAAGGACGGAAUAAUAACUCCAAUUUAUGAAGAAAGACUUCGUGAAAUGGGAGCCUGGUUAGCCAAGAACGGAGAAGCAAUUUACAAAACAAAACCCUGGAUUUUUCAAAACGAUACUUUAUCUGGAGAUGUUUGGUAUACUCAAAGCAAAGAUGGCCAAAAAUUAUAUGCUAUUCUUCUUUCAUGGCCGAAAAAUAAUGCUAUUGAAUUGGGAUCUGUUAAUCUACCCGAUACGUCGAAAAUAAAUCUUAUCGGCUAUCCACACGCACUUGAUUGGGAGCAGCACUCAUCCGAACUAUGGAUUAAUUUGCCCGCCACCGCCCAGAAAUCAGAACCAGCCUGGGUACUAGUAUUAAACCUGUAAUAUUAAAAAUGUAAAACUUCCUCGUUCUAUUUGAAACUAGAGGCAUUUAGCAGCCUCCAUCAGGAAUUGAAUUUGUUUAAACAAAUAUUAAUCGUUUGCACAAUUUAAAAUUAGUUGAAGAAUACUUGUAAGCUUAUCACUUAUCAAAUAAAAAUACUUCAUGUUGAAAAAA